AUGCGGCUCCUUCACGAUAGUGGACUGCUUGACGAGACAGCCGGAAAGGCAGACACCGUAGAUAUUCGUACAAAGACAACGCGAGAAGAGUCCCGGGCUGAAGAGAGGGAGCAGACGAUGACGGAGGCACAGAGACAUCCGUACUUCCACCCGACUUGCCCGCUCUGCCAGCACGACGUCGCCGUCAACCAGCCAGCCAGCUACCGUCUCUUCCCCCUGCACCAGUCCCGCUCCUGCAAUUCCCUCCAGGAACAGCCCCAGCAUGCAGGCGGCCAGGUCUUCGUCCAGGGCGUCCUCGUCCAGCACAGACGCUUCCCGGGCGUCAGAUACACAGACAGAGCCGUGCUCAUCCACUGCCGCUGUCUCUCCUUCAUCAGCCACCUGGCCCCGGGCUCCGUCAGCCGUCUGCUCGACCUGAUAGAGCCUACUUUCCUCUCCUCUUCGACGGGGCUGGUAGACAUACACGGCGCUUUUCACGUUGAUACCACUGCUAGUAGUGCAGGUGUAGAUACAGGUGUAGAUGUCCGCAGGGGCAUUUCUACCCUCCCCAAUGAAGUAUGGAACUUGAUAUCAAACUAUGACGUCGGCAGGCUGGAGUUUCUCGUCAGGCUGGCUGCGCAGCUUCAGACUCUGGAUGUCUCGCCGUUGGUCAUGCUGGAUUCCAGGUUUGAGCUCGAGACGGUAGAUGUACGUGGGGACACGGUCAGGAUACAUCUUGUGCGGGUUGGAGGCCGUGCGUACAUCAGCCAUCUCUCGGAUCCAGAUAAGGUCCGUGAGGAUGAAUAUGAAUAUGAACAUGAAUAUGAAAAAGAAGAUAAAAAAUAUACCCUACAAUACAAGGACUACCGGUUUGGAGACAGCACGUUCCUAGCAGUCAAGACAGAUGGUAUUGGCGUGGUUGACCUGGCCUUGGAUGAAAGUGACGGCCGACCAAACUGGAUAUUCGACCACCCUACAGCCCCCUUUGAUAAACAGAUAUCCAGAGUCAGAGACGCAGAUCUACACAGACUACGCCUCGUUUGUGAUUCCAUGAAAUGCCGUGCCAUAUUACCCACUAAUAGAGGUGGUGUUGAGCCUUACUUCGACGCAGGCUGCAUGCCGCCAGGGAACUCAUGGAUCAACUCAAGCAUCAGAGUAGGCUCCUGGCCGACACAACAGUCUGAUCCAUCAACGUACCUGGCACGCGCUACAUACACUUCCUUCCAGCAGGCCCAGUCAGUCACUUUCUUCACUGACCUCGUCCGGCUCGGCAUCACUGAGAUUUACGUCAACGACGACCGACACCGCUACCGUGGCCACUCUGUCGUCUUCCCUGGCAUAAGGCCAGCAUGGACACUACGUCUGUCUGUCUGUCGUCGAGGCGCCGGCCAACAGCAUCCAUUCAUACAGUUUGAUAUCGACGGACAGUGGCUUCCGGCCCUGCCACAGAGCGGUAUCGUCAUUCAGCAGGUUGUCCUGGAACAUGUCAUUGGCAUCUGGCUAGGCGAGACCUUCCCGCUCCAACCAGUCCACAUAGGCAUUGUCAGAGAUGAAUCUGCGCCUCGUCUACUGCCCGGCGAGCAGAUGUUGAAAGUCCCUAACCUAUCCAUGUUUACCAGCAGGUGGUAG